AUGGCUCCGGUCGGCGAGAACCGCCCCAUCGUCUUCUCCGGACCCUCAGGUACCGGCAAGUCCACCCUCAUCAAGCGCCUGUUCGGCGACCACCCAGACCUCUUUGGAUUCUCAGUCUCGCACACGACACGCCAGCCCCGUGCUGGAGAAGAGGACGGCACGCACUACCAUUUCACUACCACCGAAAACUUCGAGAAGCUGAUCGCAGAGGACGCCUUCGAAGAGCACGCCAAGUUUGGGGGAAACUACUAUGGCUCCUCGAAGCAAGCUGUAACUGACGUCGCAAAUGGCAAAGGCAAGAGUAUCGACGGCUCCCCAGCUGAGGGACCGAGAAUAUGUAUUUUCGACAUUGAGAUGGAGGGCGUGAAGCAGUUGAAGAAGAGCAACCUGAAUCCAAGAAUAUGCUUCAUUCAACCGCCAGACUUGGAGACUUUGGAAAAGAGGCUGCGAGGCAGAGGCGACACGAGCGAGGACUCGGUUCUCAAGCGUCUGAAGCAAGCGGAGAACGAGAUUGCGUAUUGCAAGACAGAAGGUAAAAACGACAAGGUCAUCAUCAACGAUGAUCUGGACAGAACUUACAAGGAACUCGAUGAAUGGGUGAUGAAGGAGAUUUCGACCAUUUCAUGA